CAAGUGCCAAAAGUAACAGGCACUUCAUCCAGAACAUGCCCUCCGUCUAAGAGAGGAGGUACCACUACAUCUGGAACGACUCUACCACCUGGAGGAAGCCACAUCAGCUCUAUUAAGUCUGGACCGGUCAACAGUAAAAUGGUUAAACCAGGAACAACCAGCACUAAAACUGGUACAACUGGAGUGAGCCAAAGAACACUUACUCCUGCAGGAACCAAUACAAAACCAGCAACCACCGUGGCUGCAAGAGGGCGAGGUGGAGCUGCAUUGUCUAAGACCCUCUCGGUAACCGCAUCCAGGCCUCGGGCGGGGAAUGGCUGUGGAUCAGUAAAACCUGCAGACCCGUCAGCUCCUUCCCAUGAAAGCUCAGCUACUGAAGAACAAGCCUAUGGUCCUGUAUUGGUUAACAGCAGCUCCUUCCUGCACCGCUUGGGGUUAGCUCGCGCUCUCUCACGUACCAAUGAAACUCUACCGGAUGCUGCAGAUUUAUUUCGUGAAGUCAUUAAAAUGGCUCCAGAGGUUCCUGAUGCUUACACCGAGCUGGCCGAGCUUCUGGUAAGGACUGACCCAUCUGGUGCAGUAGAUGUCUAUUCCCAGUACCCUCAAAAACCAUCCCAACAACAGUCGUUUGAUGAUGCCUUCAUCCCUGGGGAAAUUAUACGCCUGCUCAUGAAAAGUGAAAAGUACGAUGACCCUCGUCUGCCUGUCAACAUGAUUUCUUAUGGGAAAGUUUUGGGAAUUGGUUCUCUGGAGAAGUAUAUAACCAUUCUAGAGGCAAAGUUCAAAACAUCCAUCCUCAAGAUGGUCUACGCCGGCAUUCACAAUAAGUCAGAGGAUGACGGAGAGCUGCAAGAUUUCUUCCGUUUUAAAUGCUGGAUAUGAGAUAAUGAACAAUUAUAUUUUAUGAAAUACAUUUUAUUUAUUUUUUUGCCUUUAUGAUGUGUUAGAAUGUAAAUUCCAUACAAGGCCGAUUCAAAGAGCUCAAGGAGCUGUAUGUUCAGGGUUUGUGUCACAAAACAUAUUCUACAUUUUUCAAACCAGAACCUGGAUCUGAAUACUUUUAUAACUGCAUGUAAUUAAAUAUGUAAUAACGCCAGCGAGUUAUUCAAUGAAAUGU